CAAACCCCUGCCCUACUGCCCUACUGCCCAACUGCCCAACUGCCCGUCUCUUUCUUUAAUUAAUUUUAUUUCUAUUAUAUAUAUGGGCCAAUAACUUGGGCCGGCCCAAUCAUUUAAAGGCCUGCUUUUCCACAGACCGAUGCUUAUGUUGUUGCAGUUCGUAACCAUUCUUCACUCUCCUCUAUUCAUUCUCCCAAUGUCUCACCGGUCCUCCCCCGUGGAAUGUCUACAAUUGGGUGUUCGACGGCGAGAAGAACCACCGCCACGCCGUUUUCAUGUUCAGAUUCGACGGAGAUGAAGAAGAAUUCCGAUAUGGAGAAACAGAGACGACCGUCGCUUCAGAGGAAUGCGACGGUGCUCUGCUCCAUCAUCAACCACUCCACGUCGUCGUCGGUGGCUUCCUCCGGUGGAAGCUCCUCCGUCGAGGAAUCCGAGCUCGGCGGCGGCCCAUCUGAGCCGCAACAUCAUCAAAGCUUCAAAACUGUUUUUAAAAGACACGUGGCAGCAUCGGAAUGGUUUUUUAUUUGGAAUGGGAGAGCUGUGGAACCACGUGGCAGAGUUACAUGUUUUCGAGGUUUGACUAUUUGACCAAA